CAACGUGCCUUCAUCUGUGCUAUCGCUGUUGUCAUAGUGUAUGCGCGGAGCGGAAUAGCACAUCCCUGCUCGACUGAUUUCUACUUGCAUCCAUAACAAGUUUUUUAACCCCACGGCGUCAGAUAUCCGACGUGGAGCCUGUGAACCAAACUCGUCUAUAAUUGGUGAAGCCCCGAGCAGCCGGUCACUACCGGGAUAGAUCUUGCGCGGUCGUUGAGGUCUCCGGGUUACCCCGGCUCAGACACAAUGCGAUGUGUCAGCUGGCGACUUUCUGAUACUCCCGCUUUAUGCCGACACGGUCGCGUACGGCGUUCCACUUUUUUACUGAUCGGCGUUUUUUUGUUUCCCAAUUUCACAUUUGGCCAUCUGUCAACGAUUUGGCUGCUUGCACGCAGCCAUUACUGAGCGAAUGGCGAAGGGCAUGUAGAGGCUCUCGCACAGCGAUCCACUCCGCGACAGGAAAGCAGUCAAAUAGUUUCUGCUCGCUCUACCCUCGGCGGAUGGACAGUAUCGUUGUCCACACCGCCGUAGUGGUCAGAGACGACACGGAUCAUGCAUGGUAGUAAACAAACUCUUUCAGUCACACGACGGUGUCAGCCCUGCUGUGUGCACGUUUAGGCGAUUUCCUCACCACCGCAAGUGUUGAGAAAAGUAGGAAAUCUGUUGGCCUUAAGGAGUGGAUACCCGUGUGAACAGCAGGCCUGCACUGCUUUCAGGAUCCAGCAUAUCACUCUAUUCCACGGAAAACUCUCACCUGACUGACUCAGCUACCCCCCAAGGCAUGUUGUGCUAAAGAAACACCUAUGCAGGUGGAUCCCACACUAAUGAAUGUAGGGGAUGGAGGCACGGUGAGCAGAGAGAUCAGUGCUCCAAAUAAGGCCUCUACUAGUAUGGUGGGAAAUCCCCCCCAGACGCUGCCCCCUGAGUUCCGAGGAGAUGUUACCCUCAGUCAGCAAAACAAGACCACUUCAACAAAAGACUGUACGACGGUGAAAACCUGUCUGAACACUAGCAAUUGUAACCACAGUCCUGAACUUUCUCCACCUCAACAGCCCAACAAUGCACCAAUGUCUGGCUCAGUCCUCAGUAGCCCAGAGAAGAGGACAGACAAGAGGACAGAAGCCCCCAAACUCAAAGCUGAUGGUGCUGGGGUCUUCCCCACUCCACAGUGGUCAAGUGGUAUAAAAGUAAACCGGGAGGACUUACACAACACUUGUCACAGCAAUGGGAAAAAAUCGCAUCCACAAACGCAAUCUGUGCAGAGUGUUCCACCUGGGUUUCAGUGUUCUACCAUGUUUAAACCAGCCCAGCCUGUGGCCUUCCUUCCUUCCACUAAUUUUUCUUCUCCACUUUGUAAAAUUACUCUUCCACCAGCAUUGGGUCAGAUUGCAGCAUUGAGAGAGGCCACAGCUAGUCAGUUUCAAAAAGAGAUUCAGCCUCAAAGCUCAGGUGUCGGAGCGACACCACUCAUGCGGACCUAUCCUUAUUCCUUGCCUGUGGGACGGACUCCAGCUGCAGAGAAAAAAACAGGCACAUCAGCCGCAAAACUAAAAUCUAACCACUCAUCAAGCAAGAAUGCCAAAUCUGUAGGAGAGCAUAAAUCUUUAGCCUCUGUGGUAGCUUCACCUACUAUUGCCCUACCAUUGCAGCACCCAUCACUAACCUCAGCACCCACCCACUACACCUUGUCUCCCACUGCUGCCAUUUGCUGUGGCUCUGCACUAGCCAGCAUCACUUCUCAGAGCAGACUGCUGAACCAUGUGGAGAAAGGCAACACCAUAGACAAGGCAACUAUUGGCUCUCUUAAAACAACGCCUUCCUCUGCUCCAGAGGACCACACACCUUCAUUGGUUGAACCCAGAGAUGUACCUCUUGAUUUGUCUGCUAAAUCAAAGCGCCUGAAAUGCUCAAGUGACCCUCCGGUUAGUGUGACGGAGCCCCAUAACAACGAGUCAAAUCAGAGAGAUCCUCUGAAUUCAAAGAGGACUCAUUCCAGUAGUUAUAGCUCCGGUGUGCAAUACCCAAUCUUACCAAAUACCCACAGAAAUGGAUCUCACCAAAAGCAAUUGAACAGGCCCCAGAAUCACCAGGUUCCAGAGCCCAAACCAACGUGGGGUAAGGGACCUUCACAGGACUCACUAAAAAACAUCCCUGGUACAUAUGUAGGUGUGGCUAGCCCCAUACUGGCUUCUACUCUGAGGGGCAAAGACGGCAAAGGGACCUUUGCAGAUGAAUUUCAGAGUUUUGCAAAGCAGGAGUUUAUAUCUAUAAUUGACCAAGGAGAACAUCUGGCCUCAGGAGGAAAGAAGCCAUCCUGUCUGAUGAAGGGUAACCAACAUUCUCACAGUAUCAAACAUGUUAAAAACACCAGCACAGCCAUAACUAAGAACUGUCCCGCUAAAGGAGCCCUGACAACUGCCCUGCUGAGCUCUGCUAAUGCUCAGAUUCAUCAGAAACCUGGGCCUGGCAAAACGGCAGGACCAUACUCCACCACUGUUGUUAGUCCGGUGUGGCAACAGCCAUCUCAUCUUCAACACCAAGCCUCGUCCGCUCAGAAAAAAAUUACACAAGGAUCUCCAAAGACAAAGGGCGCCACAGUUACGGAAGGAUGUAAGUUUCAGAGUGCCCAUCACAGCACGUCCAAAUCUGAGGAUGAUAAGUGGGAGAGAAUGAAAUCUCCUUUGUCUAACCUUGCGUCCAUUGUUAAGCAGCAAGCUCUUGAAACAACAGCCGUGACAGGUGAGGCUAAUACCCAAGCUUCGCCUGUUCUAUCAAGAAAAGCUGAUGGUACCAAUCCACUCACUGGGAGCAAAGACAUGCAAUCUAAGCAUGCUCCUGAUUUUGAAUACUCACCAUCCUGGUCAGUGGAGAAAUGGCCUGGUGUGCCAUCUCAAGGGGAUUUGACUCAAGCUACGAAAAGACAUGAGAAGACGAAUGCCACUGAGCCUCUGGAGAAUAAUACUGACAUACACACCAGUCAGGGAGAACACAUGGGACUGCAAACAAAGCAAGGCUCCUCAAAGCCUGCUGGCCACUCUCAUCUCUUUGGGAGCAAUGCAUCAACAAAUGGGAACAGGAUGGAGAGUAAACUAGCCCAGGUGUUAGAGGGGGAGAUAUUGAGGAAAGAAAGUGGGACGUCAGACGGUCCUCCCAGUGAAAAAUUGGAGGGCAUGGUUGCAUCUAUUCUUACAGGCCAGUGUGCAGGGGGAGGCGACAAGUUUGAGAAGAAAACAAACGGAACCAAAGAGGAGUCGCCAACCAAAGCAAAAGCUGCUGCCGUCAAACAAAAGAAGAGUAGUCCUAAAAAGCCAGCAAAGGAGAAGUCUCCAGCAGACGCACUAAAGAAGGCUGUUGGAAAGAAAAAACAAGACAGAGAAAAUACUCCAACCAAAGUGACUUCCAAUAAGAAGCAGAAGAAACAAUGUGCACCUGUGCUUGAGCAGAAUCUGUCAGCGGGAAAAUUUUCUCCACAGAGUAAAGAACCGACUCCAAGGGACAAGAUCAGUCCUAUCAAGGUUGAGCAACCAACCUGCAACAAAGCAGUUGCAGAUAGCGGCAGCAGUCCUCCGUGUGUGGAAACUUCAGAAUCGCUCAAUAGCUCAGCUGUCCCCAAAAAGGAGGCAGAGACCACAGAGUGCACCUUCCCGAGACUGAGGAGAGGACGCCGGCGAGCUGAUGAUGCUCGACUUGACCUCUGGGGCUUUGCAACACCUUCCCCUCCACCCCCACCGAUGCCUCCUCCCCCAGUUUCCCCGUCGCCUCCUCAGACUCCCACUCAGCCCACCCGACGUCCCAGAGGAAGGCCUCGAUCAAAUCCCCUGCCAGAGCACGUGCUUCAGGGCAAGAGCAAGUCCCCCAGUGCGGAGGGCGACGCGCCUGCUCAUAAGAAACGGCGGCGAUGUCGUAGCAAGAAGUAUCAGACGGGUGAAUACAUCACUGAGAAGGACAAGCUUGAAGGAGGAGAGCAUCUUGAAGAAUCUGACCCGUUGAGGCAGGACACUGGAAUCCCUGCAGAUCCACAGGAAGAUCAGUGUCCAAGUCCCACUGCCUCCAGUCCAGAGCCUCCUCCGAGGAGACCCUCCUUCACACGCUCAGGAUCAGUUCGCUACCAGGAGAGCGAGGAGUCUCCAGAGUUCAGUGAUAAGCCUUCAGGGAAGAGGAAGUUCAAAAGCAAACACUUAUGCGACAGUGAUGAGCAGAAGAAUAAGACUAAACGCAGCAGCUUGGGGAAGCGCAGCUCCUCCGUUUCCCUAGAUGAUGAUGGUGCUGGAGGAAAAAGACCAGCCAGUCCACCACCCACUCCAAAAAGUUUGCCGUCUUCUCCAUCCAAUAAGAAAAGCUCAUCUGGUAAAAGCAGCGGUUCAGACUCUCCACCAAAAAGGCCUGUUCCUCCGGAGGUUCGUCGACUGAUUGUCAAUAAAAAUGCGGGGGAGACCUUGCUGCAACGUGCUGCUCGCCUCGGCUAUCAGGACGUAGUCCAGUAUUGUCUUGAAAAGGACAUCAGGGAGGUUAAUCGGCGCGAUAACGCUGGUUAUACCGCUCUCCAUGAGGCGUCCUCUCGAGGGUGGACUCAGAUUGUCCAGAUGUUGCUGAAACAUGGUGCAGAUGUCAACUGUAGUGCCCAAGACGGAACAAGGCCCCUUCAUGACGCAGUAGCAAGUGAUAACCUACCGAUAGUCUGGUUGCUUCUGAACCAUGGUGCAGACCCAACUCUGGCAACCUACUCUGGACACACACCAGUCAAACUAGCACAUAGCCCGAGCAUGAAGACCUUCCUCACAGAAUAUUUCACAGAUCUGGAAAGCCGCGGUGAACAGGACCCCAGUUUACCCUGGGAUUUCUACAGCAGCUCCCUGUUCGAGACCGACCAGGAGCCGUGCUGGGACUUCCUGCUGUCGGAGCAGAACCAGGAGCUGGAGGAGAACGGAACGGGGAAGACCGACCAGGAUUCGGACAAAGACUGCCUCGUGUUCGAGUUCUCCUCGGAGCCUCUUUUACCCUGCUACCACGUUCAGGUGUCAUUAACACAGGGCUUCUGCAACUGGUUCCUCCUGACCGACGUCCUGAAGCGACUGAAGAUGUCCGCGCGGAUCUUCCGAGCUCGUUAUCCUCACUUGGAGGUGGUGAGUUUGUCACGCACUGAGCUGUGGAAGCAGGUAUCAGUCAGCCAGGUGAGCGCCGCUUUAGCUUCUCCGUACAGAGGCAAAACUAAGGAGGAAGACAAGGAGGAGGAGGACGAUGGACUUAUGGAUCUGGUGCGCUGUGUGCCGGAGCUCCAGAGACUACUGGGCUCCUCCAUUCACAUCCUGCAGGAGGACGAGGGGGAGGACGAGGAGGAAGAGACGCUGACAAACACAGGGAAGCCUCGUAGUCGAUAGCCUCUCUUGCACUGCACUCCUCCACUUGACUGUUGACACUUUGUCCUUCCUCACAAGCAGCAGCUCAAAGGAAAACUCUCCGUCCAUCAUACCGGGGGUCGUGGGUUUUAACUCCAGCUACCGUAAAGACUUAACACUCCGCGAUGACUUUUGACCUCAGACAGAGGUGAUCUCAAGGACCUGCACACGGGGGUGGUCAGUGCUGGGAAGCAGCUUUCAGGUUCCUAUCUAUAGGUAUAUUUGAAUACACGAACAAACCUUUUUUAAUGAUUAUGUAUGUACAUGGUAGUGUAUAUGUAUAUCUUGCCAUCAGGGUUAACACAUUUGGUUAUAGAAGCGUUUUCUUGUGGCAAGGGACGGAUAAUGUGUAGGACGUUUUUUGUUUGAGCUUGUUCCUGAGGGAAAGCGAUAGUUUUCAACGGGACAUAAUCCGAAGCUUUUAUCUUGGUGAACCGUGUGUGAAGAUAAGACGCUUAAGUCAGGGAGGCCGCCGACCCACAUGGUUUCUCUGUCGACCUGGGAGACCCGGAGACCUGCAGUGAGGAGACAUAGCACAUAGUGUUUGGACAUGAUUACCCGCCCAGCUCAGAGCCUCGUUUCCAUUUAUCAUCCUCAAGAGAUCAUUACUGGACGGACCUAAUCACUUACGAAGUUUUUUUUUUUGUUUGUUUGUUUUCCUCCGCAUUUCACACAGUAAGCCUGGGCAGCACUAAGCCGUCCCAGUCCCUGCUCGCAGUAUAAAAUAAUGUCGUUCUGGACCUUGAGAUUGAGAGUUUGUUUACAGAAGUGGACAGAUAGUUGUGUUCUCCACUCCUCCUGAACUGAUGCAGAAUCCUGUGGAUCUCUCUCAGAGGAAAAGCUGAAUCACCUCUGGAGUCCAGAGGAGCCAAGAUGCCCUCUUUAACUGCAGCCACGACUGUCUCCCACGUCCCAAUAAGAUGUGUCCACAUCCUGGAGUGCUUUGUGUUGCAGUUUUAUCUACACUGUUUGUUGUGCUUAAUUUAAUAGUCAUUAAUAUAUUUGACCUCUUGUGUAUCUGACAACCCCUAUCUAUGAGAAAUGCUUUCUAUGGUUGGUGCUUCAUUCUGAAAUGUACUUAUUAGGAUCCCUUUAUUCUGAGACUUUCCUCCCUCAUUCAAAAACAGUAUUUCAAAAAAAAAAAAAAGAAGAAGAAGAAGCAAAAGUACAGUUUUAUUGUACUGGUGCUAAAAUAGAUUUUUGUGUUGACAAUCAAUGAAGUUUUGGUUUGAAGUCACAAACUAAUAAAAGAUAUUUAAGAUGAAGAGACUUAAGGUGUAAAGAAAAGUAUAGUUUGAUUAAAGAAAAUGGGAUACAGCAAGACUGAAAGACUACGACGUGCGAGAGAUCCUGAAAGAGCCUUUUAUUUGAUUCUUUUAUAAGAAAUCAAUAAGAAUAAAGCAUGAUUGUGAAUCAUAGUUCUUAUCUCCUUGUUUCCUCACAUUAUCAGAAUAAAUUAUAUGUUCAAGGGA